CGAAGACUUAUAUAUUUGUUCUGUCGUCUCAACUUGUAGGCUGUAUUGAAAACGCGCUUGAUCUGUUGUGUGCGUUACUUUUAAAUGGAAUAGUAAAAUGAGGGCUCCUGAAGGCUUCCAGUUGCCUAGUCCAGUCGACUUUGACAGUCAUCCGCCACCACAGUUGCCAAAAUAUCUCAAGCACCAGGUGUAUGACAAACCUGAGGUUUUCGCGAAAGUGGAUGAACAUGCUAUGAAUGUUGCUGGAUAUCAGCACCCAACAUUCAGGGACCUAAUGUGGGACCUGUUAUAUCGUUACAAAUUAGACGAAUUAGAAAGAGCUCGAGUGAUAUUUCGAUGGAUGACUGCGAAAGAUAUGCAGAAUAUCCAUUUCGAAAACGUUUCUCCCAAUUCCCCGGAGGAUGUACUUAUGUCCUUCAGCACAAAUCGGGGAACUUUUUCGAGAAUGUAUGAAGUUAUGUGCAGCUAUUCUGAAAUUCAUUGUGUCACUGUUAGUGGAUAUGCUAAAGGUGUGGAUUACCUACCUGGAGAUAAGUUUCUCGGUCUUCCUCCUAAUCACUCGUGGAACGUUAUAUACAUUCGGGGGUCUUGGCAGCUUGUAGAUGUCCACUGGGCUGCUCGGUAUCUCAGUUCCGGUAAAAAUGUUCCAGAAAAUGUUGUCUAUGAAUACGAUGACUUUUACUUCAUGAUGGAACCCCAGCAGGCAGUAUAUAGCCAUUUUCCUGAAGAUCAGAGAUGGCAGCUUCUACCUGUUCCUCUCACACUUUCACAGUUUGAGAACUUACCACUUACGAAGUCACAAUUUUUCAAGUGUGCGAUCGAUUUCCUAGAACAGCACCACGGCGUCGUCAGAACACAAGAUGGUUGCCUUAGAAUGACACUUGGAUUUUGGCGCCCUGGUGGUUUCACUUAUAAGCUGCAAUACUUGGUCACUAGUUACAACCACCCCGAACCUGAUUCUCUUACGGCUUAUCCAAAUGACUUGAGCGAUCAAGUUCCAAACCUCAACGUUGAUUUAAAAUGUUUUGUUUUACAAGAGACCACGAAAGAUCAUCUAAACUUCUUUUUCCGACUGCCAGCAUCUGGUAUCUACUACCUCACUAUAUAUGCCCAAGAGCUUGCAAGUUUAACUGUUGGUCGAGAAAGCACUUUUCGAGCGGCUUGUGAGUAUAAAAUCAUUUGUGAUUCACCAGCACGAGAUGCUCAACCUUAUCCAAUUUGUCAUGAUGCUAAUUGGGGACCAGCAUGGUCUCAUGUAAAUCAUUAUGCACUUGAACCAAGCCAUAUAGAAGGUGUUAUCAGUAUACCUAGUGAAUUGGACUCAUUGGUCAACUCAAAUGGACAUUAUACACCAGUUCCAAAGACUGUUGAUAUACGUUUUCAAAAGCAUCGACCUGAAGUUAACCUAUUGGCUAAAUUACAUCGAAAUGGAGUAUCCGAUGAAUUCCUUGAUCAGUAUCAACGUGUUACAGAAACAGUACGUGAAACUUUGUUUCAUGUUACACUACCUGAACCUGGUGAAUAUGGACUGGAGGUUUACGCGAAUGAACCAGCUGAAGGUGAUACCUACACGCAUAUGUGUCAGUAUUUAAUUCAUUAUGAACAUCCACCUGGUUGGCGGUCAACACCUCGACUGACAGCUUCAGGUGCUGAUGCUGGUCCAUCUCCUGAGGUUAAUCAAUUUUGGCGUCAUCCUACAGGUAGUGGUGGUACUGGUGAUACUCCACAUAAUAAUGGAAAUGCAUCAAAAUAUUUAUCACCAUUAUCAUUAUCAUCAUCUUCAAGGUAUAAUCAUAAUGAACCACAGAUAACUAGUAGUGGUUCUUUAAGAGAAAUGUAUAAUUAUGAAUUAGAUGCACCUCCAAUGGGUCAAUUGCCUAAGCUAUAUGCACAUUCACAAUAUGGAAAUGCAAAUCAGCAUAGUCCUAAUCGUAUCAACAAUUAUUUAUCCAAUAAUAAUAAAAAUGGUACAUCUAAAGCAUUCGGAUAUGUACCAUCAAGAAAUAAUCAGCUAAUUAGUAAUGAUCAGGAUAACAGAUAUUAUCCUACCACUACUAUUGCUGCUACUCUGGCAUUUUCUUCUCCACCGUUAUCUAAUGAUCAGUUGUCGAAUCUGAGUCAAAAUUUCUCCAGUAUUAAAAUUAAUCAGGAUUCUUCAUUGAAGAGUACAACUAAUGGCAGUGCUACUUCUGACAGAUUACCUGCUUAUCAUCCUAUUGUUUCAGAUUCUUUUCUCAGUUAG